GGGAACUCUGUUGCUACACUUGUUGGCCAUACACAAUGUGUGUCAGCAGUUGUGUGGCCGCAACAUGGAGAAAUUUAUUCAGCAUCGUGGGACCAUUCUAUAAGAAGAUGGGAUGUCGAGACGGGCAAAGAUUUGUUUAAUAUUUUUUGUGGUAAGGCACUCAACUGCCUUGACGUUGGAGGUGAAGGUUCCACUCUCAUUGCUGCUGGUGGCUCAGACCCCACCGUUAGGAUAUGGGAUCCUCGUAAGCCAGGCACAUCUUCUCCUAUCUUUCAAUUCCUGUCCCAUAAAUCCUGGAUUUCAUCUUGCAAGUGGCACGAUAAAUCUAGUUUCCAUUUGCUGUCUGCAUCUUAUGAUGGGAAAGUUAGGCUGUGGGAUCUAAGAACUGCGUGGCCUUUAGCUGUAAUUGACUCUCACAAAGACAAGGUACUGGCUGCUGAUUGGUGGAAAGGUGACAGUGUUGUCAGUGGUGGGGCAGACUCUAAACUUCGCAUCUCGUUGGGAAUUUGCGUGUUGUAAGGCAGAAAGCUGUGCUGGUAAAGAUAUCGAUUUACCAGAAAACGACCACCUUAAUUGUGACCGACUACGAAAGGCUCUGAUGCUGCAAUCCUUGCCCCCCCUUGUUUCUUCGAGUCUUUCUUUCAGGUCCGUUUUCCUUUUAGUCUUCGGUAGAGCUGGUGCCAGAGGCUCUGGAGUAGAAAUAGUAAAUUUCACAUUUUUGGUCCGUUUAGUUGUAAAACCAAACCAAACUUUUAUCCUUUUGAAGAGAGCUCGCUAAAUGGGCUGAGUGAAACCUGAUAUUGGCUUCUUAUUUAUAUUUGAUUUUUGUUUUUUUUUUUUGUUUUUUUUUUUUGAGUUUACCCUUGUAAUUCCUGGAGUCUGGAUGCAAACAUGAUUAGUUUUGUCAAUUAGUGAUAUAUUUGAUCCAAAAUUUACACAUCAGUGAUAAAAUUUAUAUUA